AUGUGGGUUCAAGGCGUCCCUGCGGUGAACAGCUCGGUUUGUGUCAGCAGUUCCAGUGCGCAUCCUGCCAAGUUCGUGGGAGGAAUUGCCACCCGUUCCUGAGUGGACACACUGCAAGGACCGGAGAAAAAGCAACGGCCGUGCAGAAAGAAGGUACCUCGAGGACAAAGGUAAGCUCCACAGGGUAUAGGUGGGAGCAAGCAAAGAGAGUUUGAUCAGCUCCACCAGUAGAGCAGUAAAAAGUGCCACUGGUUUUGGUGUCGCCCAGAAAAAGCAGUAAAAGGUCUCUUGGGCCCCGGUCGAAGUUGUGAAGCGCUGCCGGUUGUGGUUUUGGUUUUUGGUAAAAAAAGGGAUUGAGGGAGGUGCAUGGGUUUCUGAAUGUGCGUGUGGGGACACUCCAGUGAAUGUUUUGAGUGUGUGAGACGUUGAAAGCAACGUCUGGCCUGUGACUGAGUGAGAGAAAUUACAUUAGGAGGAGGGAGUGUCCCAGUGUCCCAAGUGUUCCAGGGUCCCAGGGUCAUGGAGAAAAAGCAGUAAAACAACUCCCACGACACCCCCCCACAAUGUUUCCUGGGGGAAAAAAUUGGAAAGACGCCGUGAAAGUAGAAGAUUGGGGAUUUUAAAAACCUGAUGAAAAAUAGACUCCAAACACUUAUGUGAAGUUCCUAACCGUCCCCCAUGGCUUAGGAAAAAAUAGAACUGUGAUUAGCCCAAGCCAAAACUGUGCCCAGUAUGGCAGCAAGUACAAGUUCGAAAAAAACCCAGCAGUCUUGCCAGACCCAGAAGAGGAAGGAGGAAUAAUUAGCCCCCCUCCACCCUAUGCAGCACCUGCACCAGGGCUAAAUGAGGUUCCCCCUACCCAACCCCCAAAGCAAAGAGACUGAGGAAGAAAGACAAGAGGAAGUUGAGAAUGGUGAAAUUCAGAAGGAAUCAGGUGAAAUGGACAAGCAGACAGUCCAAAAGAGUAUUUCAGUAUGUGAAUUGGCAGAAAGAAAAGAGCAGAAGAUUUUAAAGAGCCGCGUGAGGUAGAGCCAGUAAGCAAUCCAAACGAGUGAGCUGGAUGUGGCUUCUUGGUUCUAGAAGCUUCACAAUGCAAGGAUGUGAAGAGGCAGACAGAAAGAAAAAGAGCAGAAGGCUUUGAGAGUCGCAUGGGACAGAACUGUUAAAAAAAGAGACAAUUAAACCCGGGGGAUUAAAAGCCCUAGGAUUACAAUACUGACCAUUGAGGAAAUCCGCAAGAUAAAUGCCCUCAGGGCAGCGGACAAUACUGAUGUUGCAAUUGAGGCAGCUAAAACUCCACUUUGAUGGCCCCGCCCCACCGAGUGUACGACCCCCUGGAGCCAUCCGACGCCCAGGACCACAGACCUCCAAGCACCCUAAAUCAGAAUCCUUCUUUCGAAGAGGACCCGGCCAAAAUAAAAAGGGGUUUGUCUUCAAAGAGCCAGCAGCCAGAAAGCCAAAAACGCAAUCCUGGAGCGAGCGAGGGUGUCCACGGGAGGGGCAGAAGACGCCUAGGGAAGAAACCAGUGUGCCAUCUGCAGGCAAGAGGGUCAUUGGGAAAUGGAAUGCCCACAGGCCCCACGCCCGACACACCCCACCCCCACAGGCUGGGAACAAUAAGAUUUCUCAAAAAUGAUUUCUUCUCAUCUUUCUUGCUAAAAGACUGUUGCAGUUAGCACAGCACAGCUUCUUAAAAGCAAGUGAACAGACUGUUUCUUAAAAUUCAUUCAUGCAAGUAACGGGACAUCAGCUUUUCCCCCCCUUGAAGCAGCUUCAGAGUGUUAUCUCUUGGCUGCUAUCCCAAGAGGAAAAUGCUGUAUUCUCACCAACCAACUACCCUGAACCCCACACUGUCUGGAUUUACAGUCAAGCGACAAAACCCAGAAUGCCAAGGGUUACCCACCCCUCUGCCCCAAGCACUAACCGGGAAAGUGACUUUCUUAAAAGCAAGUGAACGCUUUCUGUGAACUUUGUCAAGUUUUUCUUUUUAGGAGCUACUGAAGAAGCGCGGCAUGCUCAGAUCCAAACGCUUCUCCUACAUAGGAAUUUUGAAACUUUGAAACUUUGGAAGUUUGCCAGUGCACGGGAACACCGUGCCCCUCACUUGGCAGAUGAAAACUGAAAUUUGCAACAUGGCUUACAGGCCACAAAAGCUCUGAAACUUAGAGCACAGGAAUGAGACGUUUGGAAAAAUCUCAGCUGGCAAAAACUUAACCCAAGGAACAGAACUGUUAACCCCUUGCAAAGUUUCCUGCCAAGCAUACCCUUUUGAGUUACUAUUCCUUAUAUGCAAAUGUUACCUAUGCAGUCGUUCUGCCGUGUUUUGCUUUCUCUUCUUUUAACAGGUGGACUUUUGCCAGAACACAGCCUCUGCAUCACUAGGAACCAGCUGAUGAGGACCCAGAUUGGACCCAGACGCCCAGACGCUCCAGCCUUGUUGGAAGGGACCCAAGAUGCCCAACGCCCACCAGACGCCCCGAUGCCCGUGAGAUGACCACCCUGCCUUCCUGCAUCACGCUGACGCUUUGCACGGCUCAAGAAUCCAGCAUGGAUUGAAAGAGGACAUUUUCUCAUUUCCUUUCCUUUCCUUUUGCAUAACUGAACUUUAUAGAAGGUUGAGGGCCCUUGGAUAGCCUUACAACACCCCUGCAGAGAAGGGUAUUUGUGUGGGACGUUCAAUCAGGGAAAUUAUGCCCCAGCCUCCUUUCAUUAUCUUGCCACCUGGUAGAGCUCCACCCAGAGCCUCCAGAAGCCCCCCUGUGAACCACAGCACCAACUUGGUAAUAACCCUGUGCACGAAUGGCACAGAUUAGCACCGUCUGCACUCUGGCACCUGUAGAUGCUCUGAGGGGGCUGCCGCUCCUCCCUGUGCCAUGGAAUGAAUCCUCAGUUACAGCCUCAAUCAUUCCAUCACCGAAUUACUGGCUGGCUUUGUGUCAAUAAAUCAAAGAGCGCCAGUGACAAUCUACAAUCGUACGUCCCCAGCCCAAACUGUUACACCUGAGUCCACGCCAGGAACUUUUUCUGGCUGCAAUGUGGGCUUCAGAAGGGGGGGGUGUAUCUGCACGCAUGCUUCGCCUCCAGAUUAUAGCGCUGGCCCAAGUAUACCAGCCUGUGCCUUCCUGGGACGAGCCUUUUUAAGAAAAAGGCUGUCCAAAGAUUAAGAGGGGGGAAUGAAGGAAGGUGAGGACAGGUGACCUCACCUAGGCCCGAAGUCACCCCCCCACCAAAGCAGGCUCAAAGCUUCUCAAAGCUUUUCAAAAUCAUUUUCUCAGCAGCUAAGCAUCAGAAACAUUCCGCUCUGCUGUAACAAAGGUAGGGAACACAGUCCAUUGUUUCUCAGGCUUUUGGCCUUGCUAAAGAACCACAUUGCAACUUGCUUCCUGUCCGGGAACCAUGCCAGAACAAGAGAUUGAAACAUAUCUGAACACUCUGAAACUCCCGCCCCCCCUUUCCUGGGAAGGGUGCCAAGAGUCCAACAGUCCCAAGACAGCUUUCUGUUCAUGCUCAGAGGAACUCAUGGGCAGGACUCCUGAGGGAGGAGAAAGGAGGAGGGAACUAGAAAGGGGUAUAUAUGCUUGUGCACAUGACUGUGAACUUCGUGCAUGCUUUUUGUGGACUAUCACACUUGCUCCUUCUACCAGUUCAUGGAUGGUAGAAAUAAAAAAGCCUUUUCUCCGAAACUAUUCCUUGAGUGUCUGUUGACUCCCACUUCCCUUUCCCAGGCGCAAUAUUUUUCCCACCCGAGGGCAAAGCCUCAUAAGGCUACACUGCUUUAUUUAGGCUGUCAAGGAACUACGUCGAAACAAUACCGGUCCCCCCAAGGAUUUGUUGCAGUUAGUCAGCGCUUGCCUCCUGAUCAAUGCUCAAAUUUCAGGGGGCUACGAGGCAGGAGGAGCCCAGACCACUCCACUUAUCCCUUUAUAAGCGCUAGAAACCAGACCGCUGAAGCUACAACAAUUUGCAAGCUGCCCGGCUGAGCGCAAAGGGAGAGCUUUGCAGAGUUUCUGCGCCUCUCUUCUUCUUCCCCAUUAUUGGGGCCCGGACAGGCGUUGAAGUGACGGGACGCAGCCUCCAGGGGGAGCCCGCGGAGCCCUCUGGCGCCGCCUACCUGGACCUCCUCCUCCUCCUACCCAGCGGGCCGCUGCUUCUUACCUGGCAUCUGAUUACUGGAGUUCCGCCCGGCCCGAGGGCGCCGCGUCCCCUUGGGCGCAUGCGCGGCGGCUCCCCGCCUCUCCGCUUGCCCUCUUGUCAUCAGAGACUGGCUGCAGCCGCCGAAGGAAGAAGGAGCAGCGCAGGGAGCCGCCGCCGCCGCCGCCUUUGGCAGGGAAGCGUCUCACUCGGCUUGGCAGGUAAGCCUUUUCUGUCCUUCUCUGCAACUCUGGCUCUCCGGGGCGCCCCAGCCCCACCUGUGGCACCUUCUCGCCUCCCACCCCGUCGGGGGCUCCUCCUCUCCCAGGGCAGGGGCUCCCCGGGGCACCCGAAACACGCAGCCCCCGAGCAGCCGGGACGCCUGGAGGGGAGGCCCUUCCCUUCCCCGCCGCCGCCGCCUCCGUCCCUGCUGUGUUUUGCUAGGCACCCAUGGCGGAGAGGCGCCCUUCUGCGCCCCUCUCUUUCCACGCGGGGUGCGCCUCCAAGAUCACUUCCAGCCCUCAAACUCGACGGAGUCACCUUGCCCAAAUACGCUCAGGAGCGGCUCCUUCUCUCCUCCCCCACCUUAGUGCAUUCAUCAAGGAGGGUGUCUAACAACCAUAUACCGAUGGCACCAAUUUAG